UGUUUGGACCGCUGACUUUUGUACUUCCCCGGACGCCGUCCCGGGCAGGUGAUACCGCCACCUGUUCGUCCUUUGUCGGCUCUCGUGAGCCUUUGACUUGGAAAGAGAUUUUUCUAAUACCCCCACGAAAGAAAUGUUUGCUGGGAGUUUCAUGAACACAGGUUGAACGCAAUCACUCGUCGGCUCGUGCGACGGAAAAACGAUUUUCGCUGUUUUUGUGUUCGAGAUUGUUUUCGGGUUCCUGAGUGAGUGGUAGCUCUUUUGCCUUAAUUGAGAGAGCAUUUUUACAUAGGAAAUAAUCAUUGAGCUGGAGUGGAGCUCAAUUUGGUAAAUAAUGGGUUGUGGCCCCUCCAAGAGCGCCACCACGAGUGCCACACCUGAAGCCAAUCCAUCAAGUGCAUCGGCCGAACAUAUUUCCCUUGCUUCCAAAACGCCUUUUACUGUUAGUGAAGUGGAAUCUUUGUCUGAGCUAUUUGAAAAGCUAAGCACUUCUGUGAUCAAGGAUGGGCUAAUACACAAGGAAGAACUUCAGCUUGCACUUUUUCAAAAUAGCAAGAAGAAUAACCUUUUUCUGGAUAGGAUGUUUGAUCUCUUUGAUGUCAACAGAAAUGGACACAUUGACUUUGGGGAAUUUGUUCAAUCAUUGUCAGUUUUCCACCCAAAAACUCCUGAUCCAGUCAAAGCUUCAUAUGCUUUUAAAUUGCAUGAUCUAAGGCAGACUGGUUACAUCGAACGGGUGGAGUUGAAAGAAAUGGUGUUGGCCCUCUUGAGUGAAUCUGAGCUGAAUCUAUCAGAUGAUGUUGUAGAAAUGAUAGUGGACAAGACAUUUGUGGAAGCAGAUGCAAAAGGCGACGGAAGAAUUGAUGAAGAAGAGUGGAAAGAAUUUGUGGCCAAGAACCCCUUGAUGCUGAAGAACAUGACUCUUCCAUAUUUGAUGGACAUAACUGCAUCAUUUCCCAGCUUUGUGUUGAAAGGUGAAGUACAUGACUAGGAGUCGUAGGCUACAGCAUGCAGUAGCUCCCAACCGCAUCACCUCUUUUUUUGAGAAAAAGCUCGCUGUUUUUUCCAGAAGAUGCUGAAAAUCUGGAGAGGGAAUUCAUCCCUUCAUUCAGGAGCUAGUUCUCACAACAUUUAAAACCUUAAUUAGGCCUUGUUCUCGAACCAAACGAAAUAACAUCCCCAAUAGGCCUUGUCUGUAUCAUCCACCUAGUCCGGUUGGUUCCCAUUAGAGCCAAAUGGCAACAGCUAUGCAUUUCCUCCCUACCUUUUGCUAGUUAUAUAGGUUAAAGCUCCACCGGUCGACAUAUCUGAUCGCACAAAAACUUAUUCUCCUAUGUCUGCUCCUCGUCUGGUCUGGGUCAGACAAAUUCUUGUAGGACCGGUAUAACUGUGCAUUUGAUUUGAAAGGUUUAACUGCCAUAACCAGGGAUCAAUAUCUAUAUGAUGUUUUGCCAAUAUACAAUCAUAUUACC